UUCCCCAAGUCCCGGAGGCUGUGUGGUCUUGGAUUGCAAUGAUGAAGCUCCUACCUGUUGCUCCUCUCCUCCUGCUGGUCCUAACAGGGCUGGAAGCUAGACCAAAACCUGCAGCCCUGAAGUGCAAGACGGGCCCCCUGGACAUCGUGUUCGUGAUCGACAGCUCCCGCAGCGUGCGCCCCUUUGAAUUCGAGACCAUGCGGCGGUUCAUGAUCGAUAUCAUCAGCAGCCUGGACGUGGGCCCCAACGCCACACGGGUGGGAGUGAUCCAGUACUCCAGCCAGGUGCAGAAUAUCUUCUCCCUCAAGACCUUCUUCAAGCGGGCAGAUAUGGAGAAGGCCAUCAACAACAUUGUGCCACUGGCCCAGGGCACCAUGACAGGACUGGCCAUCCAGUACGCCAUGAACGUGGCUUUCACCAUGCAGGAGGGUGCACGCCCACCGCACAAGAAGAUCCCCCGGGUUGCCAUCAUCGUGACAGAUGGCAGGCCCCAGGACCGCGUCAGUGAAGUAGCUGCACAGGCCCGUGCCGCUGGCAUUGAGAUAUACGCUGUGGGCAUCCAGCGGGCAGACAUGAGCUCACUGCGUGCCAUGGCCUCACCACCACUGGAGGAGCACGUCUUCCUGGUGGAGUCAUUUGAGCUCAUCCAGCAGUUCGGCAAGCAGUUCCAGGACAAGCUCUGUGGGGCGGACAUGUGCGUGGAGCGGGACCACGGCUGCCAGCACAGCUGCGUGAGCAUCCCCGGAUCUUUCUACUGUGAAUGCAACCCGGGAUACAGGCUCGACGUGGACGGAAGGACGUGCUCCCCCAUCGAUGUGUGUGCAGACGGGAAGCACGGCUGUGAGCACCAGUGCAUCAGCACUCAUGGGUCCUACUCGUGCCGAUGCCACGCAGGUUACUACCUCAACCAGGACAAGAAGACCUGCACGAUGAUCGAUUACUGCAGUUUCGGAAACCACAGCUGCCAGCACGAGUGCGUGAGCGUCCCCAACGGGCACUACUGCCGCUGCCGCAGCGGCUUCACACUUCAGGCCGACAGCAAGUCGUGCAGGGCUACUGACCUCUGCAAUGGGGUGGAUCAUGGCUGUGAGUUUAAGUGCGUGAGUGCUGAGGGCUCUUACCACUGCAUUUGCCCUGAGGGACAGCAGCUCCAGGCUGAUGGGAAGACGUGUAACAAGUGCGGGGCUGGGCACGUUGACCUGGUCAUGGUGAUUGAUGGCUCCAAGAGCGUCCGGCCCCAGAACUUCGAGCUGGUGAAGCAGUUUGUGAACCGCAUCGUGGAUCUGCUGGAUGUGUCCCCUCAUGGUACUCAGGUGGGGUUGGUGCAGUACUCCAGCCGUGUGCGCACUGAGUUCCCCCUCAACAAGUACACAACGGCGGAUGAGAUCAAGAAGGCAGUGAUGAACGUGGAAUAUAUGGAGAAAGGCACCAUGACAGGCCUUGCCCUCAAGCACAUGGUGGAGCACAGCUUCUCCGAGCUGGAAGGUGCCAGGCCUCUCUCCCACAAUGUGCCCAGAAUUGGGCUGGUCUUCACAGAUGGGCGCUCCCAGGAUGAUAUCUCUGAAUGGGCCAGGAGAGCAAAAGAAUCAGGAAUUGUCAUGUUUGCUGUUGGUGUUGGAAAGGCCGUGGAAGAAGAACUAAGAGCAAUCGCCUCCGAACCGGUAGAGCAACACUUCUCCUACUCGGCAGAUUUCACCACCAUGAGCCAUCUCGUGGAGAACUUCAAGCUGAACAUCUGCCCAGAGGAAGGCAAAGGGGAGAUGGAGAUCCGCAGCCCGUGCGAGUGCGAGGCGCUGGUGCAGUUCCAGACGAACACCGUGGCCAUCCUGGAAAGCCUGACUGAGAAAAUUGCUCAGAUGACGGCCAGACUUGAAGCCUUGGAAAAGCAGAUUGCCAGCAAGAAUUGA